UGGAAUAAAUACGGUUUAGACUCCGUAAUCAAUCAAUCAAUCACUGACGACAUAGAAACAUUCCCAGAUUCCAACCCAAACUUUGUUUUUCCCAUGUUUCUCUCUUUUGCUCUUCUCUUUCACCUCCUCCUCCUUUCACAUUCAACCCUUCUGCUUCUCUGUCUAUGAAGCUUUCCUUUUCCGUUCAUGGCGUCCAACAACACCCUUCACCACCCACCUGACUCCCCCACCCGGCCUCUUACUCCGGCAACACCUCGUCGCCGCAAGAAUCAAAACUCACCCAUCGCCGCCAUCAUUCUUCGUCUGAAUGGAACUCACCGCCGGAAAUACUCAGCUCUCAGCUCCCCUGUCAAUUUCAAACAAGGAUUCCAGAAACGUGAGGCUUCAGCGAGGAAGCUCGCAGCUGGGUUGUGGAAGUUGCGGUUUCUGGAAGUCUCUGGCGGUGGCGGUGCUGAUACCGGAGAUGGGUCAUUCUGCCACUCUCUGCCUAAGCAAGCUAAAGGGAAUAAUGUGAAGGGCACAUCUCGUCAUCGUCAAGAUUCUGAAGAAAAAUUCAAAGUAAGAAGGCCAGUAACCAUUUUGCGUUCAAGAGAUGGACUUAGAUGUGAGCUUGAAACUUAUAUGCCAUGUAUCAAUUUUUCAAAAGAGGAGGCUACAAAAUGGAACCCUGCUCUUGAAGAUGGGAAAUUUGUAGGUGACCGUGACUCUGUUGUCACUGUUCUGCUAGAAGAACUCCUUCGAGCUCAACGGUCCAUCAAUAAGCUUAAAGCCGCACAAAAAUCCUCUGAGAAAAAUGUCAAACAUUUUUUGCGAAAUCUUGAAAGGGAAAAGGUCUUUUGGAAGCGCAGAGUGCGCCAGAAGAUUGAAGCAAUGUUAGAUGACUUGAAGGAUAAGUUGGCAAGGGAAAAAAGAAGUAGAGAGAGGAUGGAGGUACUGAAUACCAAAUUGGGGCAUGAACUGGCUAUAGCUAACCUAUCUGCAAAGCAGUUUAUGGCGAACUACGAGAAAGAAAAGAAAGAAAGAGAGCUGAGAGAAGAAGUGUGUAAUGAAUUAGCCAUGUAUAUAGGAGAAGGCGAGGCUAAGCUUGAAGAAAUAAUCAGAGAUUCCAUGAGAAUUCGGGAGGAAGUGGAAGAAGAGAGAAAGAUGAUGCAAAUGGCUGAGUUAUGGCGUGAAGAACGCGUGCAGAUGAAGCUAGCUGAUGCAAAACUUUUUCUUGAAAAUAAAUACAAUCAGCUGCUCCAAUUGAUAGCUUAUCUGGAAAUGUUCUUAAGAUCAAGGGGUGCUGAACUAGACACCAGGGAACUAGAGGAAGCUGAAUUGAUCAAACAGGUAGUUGAAUCAGUAAACCUUCAACGAAUUGUGGAACUUUCCUAUGAUUUCUCAAAGUCAGAUGAUACAUUUCCCAUUUAUGAGGAGCUGACAAAAGACAAUGCAAAUGAGAGAAGGAUUAAACUAGAUUCCCACACCACUCUUGCUGGCCCCUCAUCCAAAAUUCACAUUGAAAGUCUUGAAGAAGGGUUGAAUAAAAACUCUAUUUUACAUCAAUUAAGUCCACAGAGUGAUUAUGAUGUUGAGUGUCUGAAAUUGAGCUCAGAACCACAAAGGGGAGACACCUAUGUUAUCAAUGUUAACCAAGAGAGGAAUAAAUCAGAGAGUGAAGCAGAAAAUAGUCCUGAAUCUCUGAACAAAGGAACUAUUGUUAAUGGGGUGUAUUAUGUAUCAAGAAGACAAUCAAAGUGGAAAGCCAACCCUGCCUCUAAACAACUAAGGUCAUACGCGCGCCCCAAUGAUGAAACAACGAUUUCUUCUACAAAAUCUUCUCAACAUAGAAGGCAAGGUGAUAGGACUUCUACUACUUCUCAUUGUAAAGGUUCUGUUGAAGGAAACUCAAAGGAUAACAUGAACCCGCACAUAGCUCGUGGGAUGAAAGGAUGCAUAGAAUGGCCACGAGGCAUUCCAAAAGCUAAUUCAAAGGUAAUUCCUUUGGAAGAAAGAGUGAAAAGCCAGAAAUCUCAGUUGCAACAUGUUCUUAAGCCAAAGCCUUGUUAAGAGGUCUAAAGGUCUUGUUAAGAUCAAUUCUUAAGGUCUUGGUAGAUAGAGGUCAACUGCUUGGAAACAGAAUGGGCUGAGAUUCUGAUUCUCCUUGCAUCAUGAUCAGUUUUUGUCAUGGUUGGGAAAGUUCUGGUUGCCUUGUGUAACGUAGCAAUGUAAUUUUCAAAUUCAGAAAUUGUAAGAAGUAUAAUGAAGUAUAGUAUAAAAAAAUUUAUUUCUCAUUAUCUAA